CAGAGAGAGACCAGUUACAGACCAAUAAUGACAACAUGAAGAAUGAGAGGGGCCAAUUACAGAAAGAAAAGGAAACGCUCCAGAAGAAACUGUCAGAAUUAGAGCAAGAAAGGAACACUUCCAGAUACAGUUUCUACUACACCUCUACUGAGAAGAAGAGCUGGAGUGAGAGCAGACAGUACUGCACAGAGAGAGGAGCAGACCUGGUGAUCAUAAACAGCAGAGAAGAACAGGAGUUCAUCAGUACAGUAUUUGACAGCACUGACGUUUGGAUUGGUCUGACGGACACAGAGAAAGAGGGGGUCUGGAAAUGGGUGGACAACUCAGCACUGACCACUCAGUUCUGGUGGAAGGGGGAACCCAAUGAUUAUAAUAGAAAUGAGGACUGUGCUGUAACUGCCUAUAGAGGUGCUGGAUCUGAACGUGUAUCAACCUGGGCUGAUUUUCCCUGUGAUUAUCCUGCAGUUGGAAUCUGUGAGAAAAGAUUUUAAUGUAGUCUACAUGAGAGUGAACAGCAACUGAUUUUGUCUAUACAUUUAACAUUAUACAUUAUAUAUUUUACACUGUAGACUUACUCGUACAGCAUUUAUCUGGUCAAUAUUUUUGAAAGAAUAUGGAUUCAAGUACAGCAAAAAUAGUAAACUUUUUAAUUCUAUCUGAACCCUUGUACUCAAGAAAUUGAGCCUUUGCCAAGUCCUGAGCCAUCAGUUACUGCCUGACAAGGUUUCGAGCUGGUAUUCCGUCUUUAGGUUAUAGGCCUUCUUAGGAUUAACUGAUGUAAUCAGAAUA